GUUACUCUGUCUGCCAUAUGAGUCAACAAUAAAAGGGAUUUUUAUAUUUAAACUAAAAAAUAUUGUUCGAAAAUUCUUUUAGAAAAUGACAGCACCGAUGGAACGAAUUCAGGUUUUGGAUUCAAUUGAAAAAGAUGUUAUUACUUGCCUUCAAAGUGCAGGUCAAGCUUUCACAGAGUUAAGCAAAGAGAAAUCAAGUCUGAAACAAGCCGAAAGUCAAACACACUUAUUUCUGAAAACUUUAAAUAAUGUAGAAUCAAAAUUAACCGAACAAAUUAAUUAUCUAACUCAAGUAUCAACGGGUCAACCUCAUGAAGGAUCUGGUUAUGCAUCACAAAAAGUAUUACAAAUGGCAUGGCAUAGAUUAGAACAUGCCCGAUCUCGUGUGAAUGAAUUAGAACGAUUAAAAACAAAACAUUUACAAGGAAGACCUGGUGCUACAACCACAGCCGCACCUCGACCGGGUGCAACUUUAUCAGCCGGUAAUACACCUACAUCUCAAACUUAAGUUAGCAAAUUUAAUUUUUUAAUUCUAAGUACAAAAAAAUCUAGGA